AUGCAAUAACAAACCCAAAGUGAUUCAGAACAUUCUCGUAAAAUGUAGUAAUUCAUAAUUACAGAUGAAUAGAUUGGUGAAAUUCAUGAUUUCGUAAAUAAUUCUCUGUCUGAUGCUUAUUAUCCAAUUUCAUAAUAAAAAGGUUAAAAAUAAUCAGAGCCUACUCCUUUAUCAAAUGAAGAAAUGAGAAGUUAAAGAAUGAGUAUAGAUAGUCCUGAUGCUAGAUUAAUUUUAAAAUCUACAAAUAGAUAAUAAAAAGAUGAGCCUUAACAUUAAUUAACAUUAUUUUAAUCUUGGAAUGCCAUAAAGUUUAUAAGAAGAAUUAGUGAGCGAAAGCGUAUAAACACAAAGUUUAGUCAAUAUUAAUAUGAUUUAUUAAAUGACAAAGGAUCAUCAUUUGAUUUAAAGUUAUUUAAGGAUAGCAGUUUACAUUUUAAACCACUGCAUAGAGGCUUAAGAAGAUCUAAUUAAGUUGAACAAAUAUAGGAGCCUUCAAUAGUACAGCAGAUGAAAAGCUAUUUAAUACACUAAAAAUAAAACGUCAAGCAAAUUUAUAAGAGAAUGGAACAAUAACUGUAAAAAAUUCCCAUAAUAACUCCUGAAUCAAGAUGGAAAUUAAUUUGGGAUUGUUUUGUUGCAUUGUCAAGGUUAUAUUUUAUGUAUGUAAUACCAAUAGAUUUGGGAUGGACAGAAAUUCCAGUCAUUUAUGGUUAACUCUAUGCAGUUUCAGUUUUAGCCCUUAUAAUUUUAUUAAUAGAUUAUGUCAUAAGUUUUAAUAAUUCAUUUUAUUAAUUUGGUUAAAUAGCAAAUUAGAGAACAGCAAUAGCCAAACAUGUAAUUACUAAAAGUUAUGGUUUGGAAUCUAUUUCUCUUUUAAUUUUAACUAUUUACCUUUUUAAUUCAAAUUCUAACACAAUAAAUGUAUUAGAUAAUUGGGCUGAUGUUUUAAUAUCUCUAUUUUAUGUUUAGAGUAGGAAUAUUCCUAAAUUGAUUGCAUAAAUAGAAGAAGUGUUAAAUUUGUCUAAGCCAGUUUCAUCUAUGUUAGAAUUACUAAAAUUAAUAUUAGUAUUGUUUUUUGUUUUGCAUUGUUACUCUUGCUUAUGGUUUUUUGUAAGUAAUAAGAAUAACUAUAUAAUUUAGGUUGGUGAAUAUAGCCAUAACCAUUCAUCCUAAGGCAGCUGGUUGGAAUUAUAUCAUAUUGAUCAUGAAACAUUUGCUGUUUAGUAUCUAUAUUCAUUUUAUUAUUCUACAGUGACAAUGUUCACAAUAGGAUAUGGAGAUAUUAUACCAGUAAGUUAUAUAGAGAGGAUUAUAUCAAUAUUUUAUAUGAUGUUUUGUAGUAUUCAAUUGAGUUAUAGUGUAAGUACUGUAGGAACAAUCAUAGAUAAGAUAUCUGCGUAUGAACAAGAGAAAAUGAAGAAAGUUCAUACUAUUAAUACUUAUAUGUAAAAUAAAAAAAUUGGUUAUUAAUUACAAUAUUAAGUAAGAGAAUAUUUGAAUUAUUAUUGGUAAUCAUAAAGUUAGGUAGAAUCAUAAGAUGAAUAAAAUAUUAUUAAUUAAUUAUCAUAAAACUUAAGAGAAUAAUUAAUGUUGUAAGCAAAUUCUAUCAUUUUAAAUGAAUGUCCAUUAUUUAAGAAUCAUUUUAGUGAUUAAUUAAAAAAUAAAUUAGUGAGAUAAAUUAAAUAAACUGUUAUUUAACCUGAAAAUAUUGUUGAAUUUGAUUAAAUAUUCCCAACACUUCCAUAUGGUUAAAUUUUUAUGUGUUUUAUAGAACAUGGAGAAGUGUAAAUACUAAUUUAAAAUGAUUAAAAAGACUCAAUAUAUUCACAUUAAUAAGUUUCAGUUAUUAGUAAAGCAGGAAAGGGUACUAGUUUAGGUAUUUAUAGUUUUAUUAGUGGUUAAAGAUCAAGAGAGAAAUUUAGAAGUUUAGGAUUUACAAAAUUAUUAUUAUUAUCAAGAGAUGAUUUUUUAAGAAUUUUACCAGAUUAUCCAGAAGAUUAUGAAAGAUUUAGAAAUAUUCAUGAUGGAUUACUAUUUAAUCAAGAUUAUAUAUAACAUAUGAAAUGUUUUUCAUGUUAAUCAUCAACUCAUAGAGUCAUGAAUUGUCCUCUAUUGCAUUAUGUUAGUGAUAGAGAAUUCAUAAUUAAAAAACAUUUAUUUACAAUAGAACAUGAUAGAAAAUACUUCAGAAGGAAUAUGGGUAGAUUUACAAAUUAAUUUCAUGCAUUAAUUGAUUAAGAAGAGAUUUCUGAAAUUGCAUAAUUUUAUAGCAGUUGUAAUCCUAAAUGGACUGAAUUUUAUGAUGAACCUCCAGAAGAAGAAGAAUAAAAAAGUCCUUAAAUUAAGAAAAUAGAUGUGAUAAUUCCAUCUCCAGAUUUAGCAUAAUCUCCAAUAUAAUAUCAUAGAUCAUAAUAAAGAUAUAGUAUUAUGAGUAAAAAAGAGAUUAAUAAUAAUGAUACAAAUGAAUCUGAUGAAAAUAAACUUAAAUUACCAUAAAUAGCUAGAGGAACAAAAAGAAGGCCAUCAAAUGUUUAAUAACUUAAGUCACUAGAAGCUAAAUCAUGCACUUAAAAUACAAAUCCAAGAAGAUUAAGACCAUCUUGUACAAUAGAGUUUAGCAGAUUUAGAUAAAUGUAAAUUUUAUAAAAAUUUCGCAAAAUUGUUUAAAUGGUUAUAAAACUUAAUAUUAUGAAAAAAAAGAAACCCACAAAAAAAUCUUUAGCAAAUAAAUUUUUAGAUAUUUAACAAUAAAAUCAAUAAUUGAAAAUGAUCUUGGAAAAAGUAAUUAUUCGGAUAAAUUAAAUUGAAUAAGGUAAAAAGGAGAUUUUAACAGAUAUUGAUGUCUAGAAUGCCUUUUUAUUAUCUAUUAAAAUAAAGAUGCUCAUAUCUUUACAAGAUGAGUAUUUUGGUAAUAAAACCAAGAUUCAAUAGAUGGAUACUUGUAAAGAGUUUUAAUAUUAUCAGGCUUAAAACAAUUUUUCUAGAGUUCUUGAUUAAGAGGAAUAUUAUUAUUAAUAAAGGAAAAUUUAACCAAAUUUAGUGGAAUUAAGAAAAAAAUUAGUGAAAUAUUUAAUGUUCCCUUAGAUGUAUUUAGAAAAAUAUAAAUAUGUUAAAUUAUAAUUAGUAAAUUUAUUAACAUAAAGAUAAUUUAGAGAUGAAAUUAAUCGAUCUUAAAUAUUGACAAUGAGUAAAAGAAAUAAAUAUAGAGGUAAAACUUUUAGAGCACCAAAAGUGAAUUAAAUUCUUCCAAAAUGA